AUGUCCAACGCAGAUAAAGCAGAAAACUUUAGGCGAUUCUCUCCUUCCAUCCUCUCCAAUAUAACCGCCAGCAUUUGUGAAGAAGAGUGGAAGUACAAAUUUCUAGGCUCGGGGAAGGGAUCUGUAACACCUGCUAGAGCCCCAGCUCUCCCUACACCUGCCCCCGCUCUGCUAGACUCCCCGCGCGGCGGUGCGCCGCCUGCGCCUAGAAAGACAGCGGUCUGGACCGCUAUGACCCCACCUCAUGGCGCUAUGACCCCGCCUGAUGCUAUGACCCCGCCCCUGGCCUAG